CACAAUGCAUCAGGAACAAGACGCAUUGGCCUGCCUACGCACGACCUGCCAUCGCACCGCUGCUCCGACCUGCCAUCGCACCGCUGCCACGACCUGCCAUCGCACCGCUGCUCCGACCUGCCAUCGCACCGCUGCUCCGACCUGCCAUCGCACCGCUGCUCCGACCUGCCACCGCACCGCUGCUCCGACCUGCCAUCGCACCGCUGCUCCGACCUGCCAUCGCACCACUGCUCCGACCUGCCAUCGCACCGCUACCACGACCACAGCCAAAAGAUGACGCGAGCUCUGAUGCUUCUCAUCGUAGCCGCCGCUGCCUCGUCCGCGGCAGGUUCAUCACCUUGCAAUGAGGCGCUCUGGUCGGCAUAUAACAAGCUCGCUGGUCUAGAAACUUGCAUUCUGCAGCACAAAUUGGACGUGGACAAGUAUGUUUCAAAUGUACAAUGUUACAAACUUCCGCAAGAUGCAGCAACAUGUGAUCCACUAAUAUACAAUUACUACAAGUGCGCGUGGAAAUCUAACGGAGUCCUGAAGCCUGACAACACAGUGGACGAUGUGGCCUUCCAAAAGAUUUUGUUGCAAAACAAAUGCAGCAAAGACACCAACUUCGCAAAGGCUUACCCGACAUGCAAGAGCUCCACCAUGAAAUAUCUGAACGCGAUGCAAUUCAUCCUGUGUCUCGAUAAAGCCGUGCCCUAAGCAGCUCACUCAAUGGAGGAAAACCUACUGACGCAGAACAAGACUGACUGAACUCGCCUUCACUUUUUCUGGAUUUUCACGGGAUUUUUUUAGUGCACGGGACUUUCUUAUUUCUUUAUUAAAUUUGGGGUGUUUCUACAACAAUAAAUUUAUUAUCCUGAUAACGAAAAGUUAUGCGAAGAUCAUC